UGAGGACGCUGAGAGCCGUGGAGGAACACUUUUCUCGCGAGCGUCAGGUGUGCACCAUGGCGACCUCCGUCCAGCAGCCGCCUCAAUCUGGCGGCGGGAAGUGCAAAGGCAGCGCUCAGUGCGUGCCGGCGGCGCCCCGGCAACUGGAACCCGGGCCAGAGGGCCUUCUCAUCACCUGCAACAUGAACGAGCGCAGGUGCGUGGAGGAGGCCUACAGCCUGCUCAACGAGUACGCAGACGACGUGUACGGUCCGGAAAAGUUUACAGGCAAGGAUCAGCAGCCCUCUGGAAGUGAGGGAGAUGACGAUGAUGUGGAGGCUGCUUUGAAGAAAGAAGUUGGUGACCUUAAGGCAUCUACAGAGAUGAGGCGAAGAAGAUUCCAGUCAGUGGAGAGUGGAGUAAAUAAUGUAGUCUUCAUCAGGACACUUGGCAUAGAACCUGAGAAAUUGGUACAUCAUAUUCUGCGGGAUAUGUACAAAACCAAGAAGACGACGACUUGGGUUAUUCUACGAAUGUUACUCUCAGGCACACGCAGGGCUUUCUUAGAAGAUGUGAAGAAAUAUGCAGAAACAUUUUUGGAACCCUGGUUUAAAGAUCUAAAAGGGACAUUUCAGAUUGUAUACAGAUCUAGAAAUAACAGUCACAUGAAUAGAGAAAUUAUCAAAGAAUUGGCAGGAAUAGUAAACAGCGUCAAUUCAGAAAAUAAAGUGGAUCUUACCAAUCCACAGUACUAAGUGGUAGUAGAAAUCAUUAAAACUGUCUGUUGCCCAACUGUUGUGUAAGAUUAUAUGUUGUUCAGAAAAUAUCAUCUCCAGGAGGUGGUGAAGAGUACUAAGGACCCGUUACAGCUUAACCCAAAGCAGGCAGCACAAGCAGGAAAUGAGAAAGAAGCUAAAUUGGGGUCUGGUGACACAUCAAAUCAAAAUGACCCAGCAGAAGGAACAAAUAAUCAGCAGGUGGUACCAGAAAAUAGUGGGAAGCUGGAGCAGACAAAACCAAUAUCUGAGACUCAGGUGGUGAAUGAGGGAGGAGCUAAGCCUGAACUUGCAAGUCAAGUCACAGAAGGAUCUGAGUCAAAUGAAAAUGACCUCUCAUAGGA